AUGUCUUUAUGUGCUCAGCAUUAUUCGUGCUCACAUUUUACACUUGCCAAUUGCGAAGAUAGCUGGGAAUUUUUGAAAUGCGAACAUCUCACGAAAAAUGUGGAAAUUAUGCAUAAUUGUUUCUGCUUACGAUCAUUGCUGAAGAAUGCUACAGAACGAGAACUUUUAUUAUUACCUACGCUAAGUUAUCAAAACGAUGAUCCACCGAGUAAUAUUCGUUUACGAAUUCUUCUCGAAAAUUUGCAUUGUGAACUAGUCAAAGCAAAUAAUGUUACAAUAGAAGUACGAGAUCCGAAUUUCUGGUUGGAAAUUACGAGUGGUAUCGGUCAGUCUGUCCUGAGAAAGCUUCCCAUUAAGGACCAUCAAAAAUCAAAUAGUAUGGAUGAUGGAAGCUUUUGCCCCACACGUGUUUACGUCUCGCGACUUUCACCAUGGCGUGUUGUUAUCAUUGCUGUGUUAACAAAUCCGCAGCAUAUUUUAAUGGCAACCUCUUUUGUGGUACCAACACUACCGCUUCUUAUUUUCCAUUGUGAUGAGCCAUGGAUAGCUCAUCAUUUGGCUCGAAAUGAACCACGGCGAUGUGAGACAUAUGUAUCAGAUCAUCGUACUAAAAGUCCAACUUCAACAUUGGCGCAUUUGAAUCGACAGAUACGGAAAACUGAAAAUUGCACAAGAAUGAUAAAAAAUGAAUUGGAGUUACAUUGGUUGUCAACUUCUCGGAUAAGUCCAGCUGAAAAUCGUGUUCAUACGUCUUUCGACUUACAAUCUUAUUGUGAAGCGAUCGAGGACCAACUAUUUUCUCGAGCACUUAUUGGAGCAGUAUAUCAAUGUUUAUUGCAAGGUAUUCAUAUACCGUAUGAAGAUUUGGUGGAAGUGUUAGAGGAUCGUUGCGAGCAAUUGGAUAUCGAAGUUCAAGGUAUCGAUGAAUGUGUCCGUUUCCUAUGCUCACAUGUUGCAAAUAUACGUAAACAGAUAGGAGAUUUGGCAGAGGAUGCGGAUGAUGAGACAAGAAGCAAUGAUUUCUUCAAAGAUGAUAUCAUAUAUCGGUUAAACGAUGGAAGUGGAAAGUCCUGUGAGGAAGAACAAGAAGAUUUUCGAUUUGCAUUUGACGAGCUUCUUUCACAGAAUUUCCGGAGAAUUCCCAAUUUUCCAAGCUACUUCUAUUUUGUUCAGGAUAAUGCAACAAAUAAGAAUUUAACGAUAAAUUUGCCUGAAACGAAAAAUUUGAAUAGCGUUAGUUCAUCCUAUUUGGAAGAUUUGGAAAUUUGCUAUAAUGAAGAUGAAGAAGAUGCGAAAGAAAAGGACGAUGGUUCAAGAAGCAGCUGGUCAAGCAAUAGCUUCCAAUCAGUUACUGUAUCCGAAUUAUCCGAUAGUGAAGAAUUUCAUUUAACCGAUAAUUCUGCCGUACCAUUAUUCUUGAAUUUCUCUUGUGCAAUGCGUUUUUCUAACAUGGAUAUGUAUACGUUUCCUGUCGAUCAUUUACCAUCCUGUGUUAUGCAACUAUUGCAACAGUGUUCUAAUAUUUCGAAGAAGAAUUUUACAGCAAUGGAUUUAAUCGGAAUUUCGUUUGAUAUUUAUGUUUUAUCGUGGCCUGUACGGCAGUUCACUUUAACGCAGUCUGAUUCUUGUACAAUUUCGCCUAAAACGCCUGAUAACUCUUCAGAAUCAUUUCGCAAAUUUACUACUUACUUUGAUUUUGAUAGUCCAUAUUUUAUGACAACUUCUGAUGUUAUCAGCCAACUUCCAAGUCCGGAAAAUAAGGCAGUUCGUCAGUUGGAAUGUGGAAUUACACGUUUACUUCAUAUGGAAACAGUGUUUGUGUUAUCAAGAUACGAUGAUGUGACGCUUGACACAUUGCACAAAGUAAUGGUAUUCAUUGCCAAAGAGCAACGUGAGAAGAAUGACACGAUUCGGUUCAAAUUGAAGCAAUUGCAACUUAUCGUGGUAAUGGAACAAACGAAAGCCGUACGUCGUCUGAAAGAGCGUAUUAAAAACCUUGAUCUUCUCUAUUGUAAAUUAGAAGCGCAUCCGGAAUCCAGUAAUUUGUUUUACUGUUGUCAUGUAGUGGAUGUUGGUUUUUAUGAAGACAUAUUGAGGAAACAAAUACGUACUGCGGGGAGUAUAACGCUGAAGUUAUCACGACGAAGCAGUAGCAGCUUCGCAGAACAUGUCAAAGAGCAAACAAGCUUGACAAUAGCAAGGAAAGUAUCAAGUAUGGAAGUAUUGAAUACUAAGAAACUAAAAAGACGGAGAAAUAACAGCGUACCGGUUUUAAAGGCUGACCAUAGAUUUUCUGAGAAUUAUGCAGAUCACUCGAGAACUACAGAACGAACUCGUUGUAAAGAUCUUAAACUACGUGAUUUUUGGAUUAUUUUAAAUGUUGAAAUGCAGCAAAUACAAGCAUUCUUUUGUGAAAGAUACGCACACCAUCACGAAAAAAUUUUUGAGCUGCUUUUGGAAGCAAUACAAAGAGAAUGUCAUAUCAUCAAUCAGGAGCUUUUAUUGGAAAAAAUGCAUUCAGCUAACGAAUGCGACGAUUUAUUAAUAGAAAAUGAAACACAGUCACAUAAAUUUGUUCCCUCAGAUUUACGUAAUUUAAUUCCUGAUACAAAAUUAACUCGUUCGCUGAUACAUAAGCGCGCAGCAUCGAAGACCAAGAAGAACUUCAGCUUUUCAUAUUCUGAUGAGGAUGAAGUGGAUGCUGCAUCGUAUAUGCCAGCACGGAUCUUUUAUCCUCCUGGUCAUUUUGCGUGCCGAAUCAUAACGCAUCAUUGGUUUUACAUACAUCCUCGAUUGCAUAUCGAAAAGAAAGGAGUAGGAUGUUCCUUAGUAAUGGGAUAUGAUGCUUUGCGCCAAGGAAUCGAACAAUUUGCGGUCCGAAAUCGUCAUAACUUAUAUGUAUGUUGUGAAGAUAAUAAACGAAAUGUAUUUUACAUGCAGCUUUUUGUUAGUGAAGAAAGUUUCAGAAAAAGAUGCUUACAUUGCGAUACGACUAACAUCGAUGAGAUGAAUGAAAAGUUUCAAAAUAAUGUACUGUUGACAGUUCACGGAAUUCAUGAACCUGCCGUAAUAAUUCACUCAAUUGUGGAUGCUAUGCAAAAACGGCUCGAACUAAAAGUUCUCGAAGAGUUAACAGAUAUUCUGUACAAAAACCCACGAACUCGGCUGACAACAACCGAUGUCGAAUUCAUUCAGCGUGAUCCAGCCAAACCGUUCGCAGUACAUUACUGCACUUUACCGAAUUAUAUUUAUGGUUAUCUCGGAUCACUCUACUAUUAUAUGUACCAGCAGAUGCUCACAUUCACAACAGAAGCUCGAUUUCGGGAUUGUAGCGGUGGUUUGAAUAAAAAUACUCCGUUGUCGCACGAGCGAUCGUGUUUUCAUUCACAAUCCGGUUCUCAACCGGCCUGCAACAAUUACGUUCCACAUUUCUUCCUAAUAAGCAAGCCACCCACAAAAGGUUCAUCGAAUAUGGGAAUUGCUUGUGUGGAGACGCGCAUAGUAAAUUCAAGUGGUGCUUGCGUAGAUUCGCUGAAAUAUGCACGGAUUAGUUCAAGCACUCGCUCAAAAUUAUAUCCGGGAGGUGGCAAAUUUCGUCUUUCAUCAAAUGAACGUUUUCAUGAACUGACACGUUGUAUCACUACGUCGCUCCCCUUACCCGAAUCACUACUUUCCGAAAAAGCAGGUGGCGUAUCAUAUUUGGUUCAGUAUACAAUUUGGCAGGUGGGCGAUGUUGGCUUAGCAUCUUUGCAACCAAUAUUUCGAUUAGCUUUGCAGCAGGCGCUCUGUGAUUUAAUCAGUGAAUUUGGUCUUUUAAGUAUUCCUUUGGUGGAAGUUGCUAACAGCGUUCGUUAUUCACCUGCAAAUAUGCUGGUUGUGCCAUACGUUGGAUGUGAAGAAAGAAUACGAUCCUGCAGUGAUGCUUCACAUUUAAAAUUUGUGGCAAAACCACUUCGAAAAACUGAAUCGCAUACGCAAUCACCACUUCUAGAACAGUUGCCAUUACAACCAGUUUCCCGCAAAUCAGAAAGUGCUCCAAGCAACAAUGAUUGUGAAUCUGGUACUUCAAUCAAUUAUCAGUUUAUUACGGUAGCUGCACAGUGGUUCGAUCAUGUCGUUUCAGAAGUAAAGAAUACGGAACAUCAGUUUUCCAUCAAAAGACAUACAUUUCAUUGCGAAAGCGAUCAUUCUGUUCGGAAGAUAUUUAGCGUUAUAAAGGAUAAAUUAUCUGUCAUUUUGAAGCAUGAAACCAUCAUAAUACGACAAUUGGAAGCACAUAAUUUGAAACGUUUUUCAGCACAAAGCUCGACAAAUGAUGAUGCCAAUGAUAGCGGUCGGAUAGUGGCAAGAGAAAACGAAGAACCUUCACUAAUAAUGCUUGCCUAUAACUUCCAAUAUUCAGAGGCGAUAUUGAAAUAUGGCGCAGAUUCACGCUCAAACAUUAUACCAGCAGCUAUAGAGGAAGUCUUGCAUGAUCAAAAAGCUAGCUCGAUGCAUUUUUUACCACAAAUAGCCCCAUUUGUUCCAAGACAGCAUCUUUUAUAUCUGUUGUCGAAGGGCGAAACGGCCACCUUGUAUCUGUACAAUUAUUCGUCGGAUGCCGCAGAACAAAUUUAUCAAAUGGUUGCAAAUGUAUUAUCGUGGCAGAAUGCUCGAUCACGACUGCUUCGAGAAAUUGGUUUGCAUAAAAUGGGUGUCACACAUUUAUCUGGUCGAAUCACUCCAACUGAUGAAGAGCUGGUUUGGCUAAAUAGUGAGCUAUUGAGUGAAUAUGAAAUUCCGCAGCAUGGAUCUAUAUAUUUCGAUAAAAGAUUAGUGAGAGGAGUACAGUACAUCCAGGCUGAACCGUUGAUGCACCUUUAUCGACAUAUAACCUUGGAUUUUUUGCCGUUUAAUUUGAGCAGCAAUAACCUAUUCGAAGAUCAGUGCUCUCAAAUGGUUUUUCUUGAAAAACAGAUGAAAUCAUUGCUUCACGACUGUGAGAAAUUUAAUCGGAUACACGAUGAACUGAUGAGUGGCACCCAUGAAAUCAGAGAAUCCGAUUUGUUGAAAAUUGUUUCUCGUAGCCGGGUAAUACAUUUUGUUCAGUCACCUCUGUUGCUUUUCCCGAAAUGGCGUAAAUUAGUAGCAGUUGUUCGAAGAGGAACUGAAAAUGCGAUGAGUUUUAAACGAGCAGUGAUAGCUGAUUUACCUCCGAGACAUGUCAGUGGCUCGAAAACGUCACUUUUCGAUAACUCUUCAGUAUCACAUGUGCGCACAACUCGUUCAAAUACCUUUGGUGCAUCAUUGUAUUCAUCCGAUCGUACGUUACGAAAGUUUAAAAAGAGUUUGGAAGAGGAUGAACCGUGUUGUUUGAAGAUACAGUUUAUGCUUGUUGAGAGUUAUGUGAAAUAUCUAACGAAGAGCGGACUAAAAUUGUUGGAUGUAACGGGACAAGCAGGUGCUCGUUACGGUUUGCACUACGAUAUGCAGAAUACCGAAUCUUCACCUAAUGUUUGGAUGUACAAAGCUUGUGAUGGUGGCAUUUUAUUCGUUCAUAUUACGAUCAUUGAGCCACAUUUCAGCAUUCAGUGUUUACUAUGGAGUAUUGCACAAUUAAAUCGAUUGAAAAUAAAUUGUGAUGGAAACUUUGAUUAUAACGAUCAAAAAGACCUUUAUACGUUGAUGGAUAGGAUUAUAUCAAAGGCUCACGUUCAUUCAUUCACCUAUGAUUUUCAUUUACACAUUGUUGCCACAUAUUUGAUCGGUGGACAACAGGUUCUUUUCAAUUACGGAUAUAAUACGAACGAGUUUUUAACUAGUUUUUUACAGUACUAUAAUUGCCGUCCACCUAAUGCUUCCAACUGUAUUUAUGAAGAAAAAAUGACAUUUCCUAAUCUACCUGUGACAAAUCAAAAAGUUUGGGAGUAUUUGUUGGAUGAAAGACGUAAUAAUUGGCGUAUAGUACGUUUGAAGACAAUUGAAAUGGAUAUGCCUGGGCAAUUUAUGAUUGUUACGGAGGAUGAUACGGAUUGUUUUGGAUCAGCUUAUAAGGAAAUUCGAGCAAUAAUUCAUGAAAACCAACUUUAUGCCAGAAAAACGCUGAUUAUAAAAUUCUAUGUUAUGCUGGUUUCCCAUGAGAAAACUGAUCCAUCAGUCGAAAGUUUGGAGUUGGAUGCGAAAUGUGAAUGUGAUGCAAAAAUAAGCGGUGAAUUUGAAGAGCUAGAAGGUUUGAAUGUAGGCUGCAAUUUGGAAAUCUCUCGAAAAAGUGUUGGAGGCCUUGGAGCGCGGGACAAUGCCAGUGCGUGGUGUGCACCGGUCGCUUGUACUAGGCGAAGAUUUCACAGUGGAGAGAAUAAUGGUUCACCAAAAGAAACGGCACUUCCGCGCAAUUAUUCAAAUGGAAUGGAAUUAAAUGAGUGUUGUUCAAUACCAAAUGAAAAAAUACAGAUAUCAAAGGAAAAAAUACAGAAAUUAUCCAUUCAAAAUAUUGCGCCUUUACGACAUUGCAGAACACGACCAAACUUUCGUGACGGUAUCAGCCUGUCGGAUUCAACGACAAUAGUGCCUCGUGAGCAAGCAUUUUACGUCUAUUACAUGAACAGGCGGCAGAAGAGAUUGCAAAAAGAACUGGUGGAUAGAGUGAUGCAUUAUAAGCGAAAGCUACAAAUGAUAAUUGAAGAUGCUGUAUGGCAUUGCAAAAGGAAUCAGCUUUGGGAUGACAUAUUAGAAAAACACGUGACAAAACGUGAAACCAUUGAAAUGACCGAGCAGUGGAAGCUAUUGGCUCGUCAUGGUAGUGAUGUAACCUCAGUGUUACGGCUAGCACUUUCAACAUAUCGUACAACAACGGAUUUGGAUAAUUUAUUGGGUUAUGUUAAAUCUGAAUCUUUGAAUAUUUAUGAGCCGUUAUUGGAUUCUCUAGUCAAUAAUCUGAAUCCUGGAGUAUUCUUCAAGUUACUUAUUCAACAUUUUGGUCUGCAAAAAUGUCGAUUAUUCUGUUCAUCAGUAAAGGAGCAUCUCGUGAUCAUUACUCCUGAAUCUCAACAGGACAUAUUUCUUUUUACGGCUCAAAAUGGUGAACCUUUGCAGAUGAAAUUGCUUGCAAAGGAGCGUAAGUGCAAUGAAUCUGGGUCAUUGUUGAUGGAAGCAGAUCAUACAGUGCGAGAACAAUUCAAUGAAAUAGUUCGUUGUGCUGCUUCUUCUGCUUGGAUGAGUUUAGUGCAUAUUAGCUCAUCAAUAAAUUGA